GGCCGAGAGGGGGCAGCAGGCGAUGGCGGCGGCGGCGGCGGCGGCGGGUCGUCUAGGCUGGUUGCUCGCCGCGCUGUGCCUAGGCAACGCCGCCGCGGAGGCGGCGUCGGGCCCGCGAGUGUUGGGCGUCUGUCUGGAGGAGGACGGAGCUGCGGACGCGGGGUGGGAGCGCGGAGGAGAGGUGCGGGCGGCACCGGAGGCCACCUUCCGCCUGCGCCUCUUCGGCUCCGGCUUGGCCAACAGCUCUUGGUCCUGGGUGGCCCCCGAGGGGGCGGGCUGCCCCGAGGGCGGGCCGGCCGCGGCGCCCGAGGAGGCGGUGGCCCCCACGGGCGAGUGGCGCGCAUUGCUGCGCCUGCGCGCCGAGACCGGCGCGCCCCUGGCCAGCCUGGCGCAGGCGGCGCUGGCGGUGCUGCUGUACCGUGCAGCGGGACAGCGCGCCGUGCCCGCCGUGCUGGGCAGCGCGGGGCUCGUGUUCCUGGUGGGCGAAGUGGUGCCGGCCGCCGUGAGCGGGCGCUGGGCGUUGGCGCUGGCGCCGCGCGCGCUGCUCCUCAGCCGCCUGGCUGUGCUGCUGACCCUGCCGGUGGCGCUGCCCGUGGGCCAGUUGCUGGAGCUGGCGGCGCGGCCAGGGCGGCUGCGCGAGCGCGUGCUGGAGCUGGCCCGCGGCGGCGGCGACCCCUACAGCGAUCUCAGCAAGGGCGUGCUGCGCUGCCGGACGGUGGAGGACGUGCUCACGCCACUCGAGGACUGCUUCAUGCUGGACGCCAGCGCCGUGCUGGACUUCGGCGUCCUGGCCAGCAUCAUGCAGAGCGGCCACACGCGCAUCCCAGUGUACGAGGAGGAGCGGUCCAACAUCGUGGACAUGCUCUACCUCAAGGACUUGGCCUUCGUGGAUCCGGAAGACUGUACGCCGCUCAGCACCAUCACCCGCUUCUACAACCAUCCGCUCCACUUCGUUUUCAACGACACGAAGCUGGACGCUGUCCUGGAGGAGUUCAAACGAGGGAAGUCGCACCUGGCCAUCGUACAGAAGGUGAACAACGAGGGUGAAGGUGACCCCUUCUACGAGGUGCUGGGCCUGGUCACGCUGGAGGACGUCAUUGAGGAGAUCAUCAAGUCUGAGAUCUUGGACGAGUCUGAGGACUACCGGGAUGCCACGGCGAGGAAGAAGCCUGCUCCUCUGAGUGCCCCUCUCAGGCGGAAAGAGGAAUUCUCCCUGUUCAAGGUGUCUGACGAUGAAUAUAAAGUGAAAAUCUCGCCUCAGCUGCUCUUGGCCACCCAACGCUUCCUGUCCCGAGAGGUGGAUGUGUUCAGCCCCCUGCGCAUCUCCGAGAAGGUUCUGCUGCACCUGCUGAAGCAUCCCAGCGUCAACCAGGAAGUGAGGUUUGACGAGAGCAACCGCCUGGCUGCACACCAUUACCUGUACCAGCGCAGCCAGCCGGUGGACUAUUUCAUUCUCAUCCUGCAGGGCAGGGUUGAGGUGGAGAUCGGGAAAGAGGGCCUGAAGUUCGAGAACGGGGCCUUCACCUACUAUGGCGUGUCUGCCCUGACAGCACCGUCCUCGGGUCACCAGACGCCGGUGUCUUCGCUCCAGUCCAUCCGCCACGACCUGCAGCCCGAGCCAGCUGAUGGGGCCCGCUGGUCUGCGUACUGUCCUGACUACACCGUGAGGGCCCUCUCCGACCUGCAGCUCAUUAAGGUCACGCGGCUGCAGUACCUCAAUGCACUCCUGGCUACUCGGGCCCAGAACCUGCCACAGUCCCCGGAGAACGCAGACCUCCAGGUCAUCCCAGGCAGCCAGACCAGGCUCCUCGGUGACAAGACCGCCAUGGCAGCAGGGUCCAACCACAGCAGACCCGGCCUCCCAGCGGAGGAGAGCCCUGGGCGGAACCCAGGGGUUUAACUGCUUGCCAGGCAGCCCCAGGUCUGGGGAAUGGACAAGCACGUGGGGAACUGGAGAGCCAAGGAGUAGCGUCCUGUCAGCCUGUCCCCAUCCCCUCCAGGCCACGUUUUAGAUGGCCCUUAUAGAUGUGGGUCCUGGGCUGUCCUCAGAACCAGACCUCAGUGCCAGGAGCCUUCAGCAGGCUGUACCCUCCUUUAGGAAAUGGGGGUCAGUUGGGGCACAGCCCUCCAGGCCUGCUUCUGAAGGGAAUGAAAAGGACACUGUCAUCUCCGGUCCCCAGGACCCAGCCUUCUCCCUGUGACGACAGUGCAGUGUAUUUAUACCUCUUUGGGCCAAGCCAUGACGUGAGUGCAUGAUUACUGCCUUUACGGGGCUGUGACCUGUGCUCGCUUCGCUUUCAAUUUGCCAACCUUCUGCUGCCGGCAGCACUUUCUGAGCAAACCAGGAGCACUGGUUUUGGCUGGGGGUUCACAUCCUUGGCCACAGUGAACUAUUUGGCUUCCCUUACAAUGCCAUGUUUCAGAGCACACGCCCCAGCCUGUCCCAUGUGCUGAACCUUGAAGCUCGAUGACCCCCUCCCUCCCCCGGUAUGUCCCACUGUCCUGCUCCCUCCUGUGGAGGUUGCUUCUCUGAGCCUUGCGCUCAGAGCCCUGAGCAAACAAGCUGGCCCCCAGUGGCACUGCGGAGGCCUCCUCCUGCCUCCCUGCCUGUCUUGCUUAGUUGCCACUAACAGUAUUGUCACUUCUGUGUUUGAAGAAGAGAGGUCAUACAUGGGAGGAAGGGGUGUGCUGCCCCUAACCCUUUCUCGGUUGCUGGAUCCCAGGGAGAGGAACCAGCCAUUAGACCUUCUUCUAGGCCUCCGUGGAGAGCUGGAUGGCUGGCAUUUGCACAGAGAGCAGCAAGGGAGGGAAGGGUUGGUAAUGGAGCAGGUAGGCCCUCAUCCCCUUUCUUUCAAAAAAACCAAAACACACACAAAAAAACAAACACCAGUUUUUCUUGUAUCUCUGAAACAUUUCACCUCUUUGCUUUUUUGCUCUUCUUAGCUAUGGGGUUUUAGAGAACGGGGAACAAGAAGGCAUUUAUGUUUUUCUUCUGGUUUGCCCAUAUUGACCUUCUCCAGUUCUUCAGCUGUAGAAACUGGGGCGUCACAGAGAUGCAGGAUUGCAGAUUGGAUAGGGAGGGAGGAUUUCUGGAACUUUUUUCAAAGGAAUUUGGGUCCCUUAUCUGGGACUGGUGAGAAUGAAGGCCAAAGAACAAUGGCAUGCUCACUUAGAAACUUCCCAAGGAAUUCUAAGAGCAAACCCAGGUGGGAAACAUACUUUACAAUCAUCUCUCUCCAGAAUAGUGGUUCUUAACCUUGGCUGCAUGUUAGAAUCCCUGGCAAAUUGAAAAAUCCUGAUACCUGGGGCCCUGUCUUCCAGGGAGCCUGAUUUAAUUGAUCUGGGUGGGUAUCAGGAUUUUAUUUUUUGAAACAGUUUUAAUUAAAAAAAAAUCAAUACUCCCCCCCCCCCCCCCNCCCCCCCCCCCCCGCAAAGUAAGCUCCACACUCAACAUGGGGCUUGACCUCCCAACCCUGAGGUCAAGAGUCGUGUGCUCUACUGACUGAGCCAGCCAGGAGCCUCUGAAACAAUUUUAGAGUCACAGAAGGAUUCCAUACACCCUUCACCCAGGUUCCCCUAAUGUUAAACAUGUUACAUAACCAGGUACAUCUAUCAGAACUAAAAAAAUUAACAUUGGCACAAACCUGUUAACUAAAUUACAGACUUUAUUUGGAUCUCACCAGUUUUUCCAAUAAUGUCCUUUUUCUGUUGCAGGAUCCGAUCCAGGAUACCAAGUUGCAUUUAGAGUUAUUGCUUACUUUUUUCUAACUUUUUAUUUUGAAACAAUUACAGAAUCGUAGGAAGUUACAGGCUAGAGGGACCCUUCACCCAGUUUUCCUCAGCGGUUGCUCUCACACAGAACACAGUAUCAGAACCGCAAAGCUGACACCGGCUCCGUGUGGGUGAUAGCUCUGUCCUCCCAGGUAGAUUUGUGUAGCUGCCAUGGCCCUCUUGACGAAGAGCUGUGCCGCCACCACGAGGACCUCCCUCGGAGCGCCGCGUUAGAGCCACAGCCACCCCCCCACCCCGGCUUCCAUCCCUAGUCCCUGGCAACCACUAAUUUGUCAUUUCAAGAAUGUUCUGUAAGUGGGGUCAUACAAUAUAUGACCAUUUGGGACUGGCUUUUUUCGUUCAGAAUAUUCCAGAGAUGUGUCCAGGUUGUUGCGUGUGUCAAUAGUUCAUUCCUUUUGAUUGCUGCGUAGUAUUCCUCGAUAGACUCACUGUCCCAUUGAAGGGCAUCUGGGUGGUUUCCGGUUUUUGGCUGUUCCAAAUAAAGCUGCUAUGAACAUUCCUUACAGGUUUUUGUGUUAACGUGGGUUUUCUGAGGUAAAGGUCCAGUAAUACAAUUGCUAAGUUGUGUGGCCGCUGUGUAGUUUGUUU